AUGUUCUUCUACUGGGGCUUCAUUAUUCUAAUGGCUUUGGCCAGUCUUACAUCCACUCAUCCAACUGGGAAUACUCAGGUGUGGGGCCAGCUGCGAGAGAACAUCAAGCAUGUCAUCUAUCUGACUCUUGAGAACCACUCGUUUGACAACAUCGCUGGCUAUUGGGACUUCCACCCAGAAAUUGACAAUCUGCGCAAUCUCACCUUUUGCAAUGACUACACCAACCCCAAUUGGACAGUCUAUGGGGAGCCACUAGCAAUCUGCGCUGAACCGGAUGCAACCGAGGUGCCGCUAAAAGAUCCGGACCACAACUUCGGCGGAGUCACCUACGAAAUCUUCCGCCAGUGGAACCCGACCAAAGAGGAUGUCCCUAAUAUGGCAGGUUUUAUCGAGCGCCAAUCGGAGAAGUACAAUGCUACCCCUGGAGAUUCGGCAUUCGUGAUCAAGGCCUUGAACCGGAAGAAGACCGCCACUCUGGUGGAGCUGGCAAGCAAUUUUGCCUUUUUUGAUACAUAUGAUAUAUAUUAUUGCAGAAAACUGACUGCCGACCCUACCUUGCAGUUCGCCGAGCACCCGGGUCCCACUAACCCUAAUCGACAAUUCGCAACCUCCGGCUCAUCCUGUGGUUUUGUCGAUAACACUGAUCAGUCCGCUGGGUUCUGGAACAAUGUGACUGGGACUACUUGUGCGGUCUCGAUCUUUGAAUCGCUCAGCAAGAAAAAUAUCAGCUGGAAGAAUUACUACGAGACCGAUAUCGUCGAUGGAUUCAUGUAUAAAUGGGUGCAAGACAACGCAAUGGACCGUCUCGUCCAUGAGACAGAGCUGUACCAUGAUCUAGAAGCCGGCACCUUGCCUGCAUUCUCCUAUCUAAACCCGGAGUGCUGUACAGUUGACUCAAUGCAUCCUACCAGCAGCAUGGCAGCAGGGGAGCAGAUGGUCAAGCACUUAUAUGAUGCCCUGCGUCGCUCCAAGUACUGGGACAAUGCUGUUUUGAUCAUCAAUUUUGAUGAGCACGGUGGAUUCGCUGACCAUGUCCCCACUCCAGUCAAUGUGCCUCAACCCGAAGACGGCAUCAUCUUCAAUGGCACGUCAUCAAACCACAAUUUUACGUAUGACUUUACACGUCUAGGAGUCCGUGUCCCUGCCUUCAUAAUCUCACCUUGGGUACCCGCCAACCUCCUCAUCCAUGAUCGAGGUACCAUGUAUGCCGACGAUUCGGCCUACACACACAGCUCAAUCCUACAUUUUCUACAGGAGUUGUGGGGGCUUGAGGGCUUAAACAACAGAGUUCAGUGGGCCAAGACUUUCGAAACGGCUUUUACCGACAAGCGGCGAGACGAUACGCCCAAGACAUUGGUUAAGCCGACCUGGUAUGGUGGUAGUGGGCAGCCAGAGCCGGAACCGUUCUUCCUUUUGAACCAGGAUGAGAGCUACUAUGCACGCCGCAAGGCCCAGGCUAAGGCAUAA